AUGGCUCAAGAAGUUCCAACAUUCAAGCUUGUCCUUGUCGGAGAUGGUGGUACCGGUAAAACCACUUUCGUUAAGAGACAUUUAACCGGUGAAUUCGAAAAGAAAUAUAUUGCUACUUUAGGUGUUGAAGUUCACCCAUUAGGUUUCCACACCAACUUUGGUGAAUUAAAGUUUGACGUCUGGGAUACCGCAGGUCAAGAAAAGUUCGGUGGAUUAAGAGAUGGUUACUAUAUCAACGGUCAAUGUGGUAUUAUCAUGUUUGAUGUCACCUCAAGAAUCACCUACAAGAACGUUCCAAACUGGCACAGAGAUCUUGUCAGAGUUUGUGAAAACAUUCCAAUCGUUUUGUGUGGUAACAAGGUUGAUGUUAAGGAAAGAAAGGUUAAGGCCAAGACCAUCACUUUCCACAGAAAGAAGAACUUGCAAUACUACGAUAUUUCUGCCAAGUCUAACUACAACUUCGAAAAGCCAUUUUUAUGGUUAGCUAGAAAGUUAGUUGGUAACCCACAAUUAGAAUUCGUUGCAUCUCCAGCUUUGGCUCCACCAGAAGUUCAAGUUGAUGCUGACUUGAUGCAAAAAUACCAACAAGAAAUGGAACAAGCCACUGCUUUACCAUUACCAGAUGAAGAUGACGCUGAUUUGUAG